AUGUCUGCUCUGCUCGGGUUCAUUAAACGAUCGUCCAAGGGUUGCUCAAUCGACCGCUAUCGCGCAGAUUCGAUUGGACAAACUUUGGUCCUCCCGUUGAACACAAACGAUGGUGCUAUCGACAAUGCCACUAGAGGUCUACUCAAUCUAGGUCAAUUGCCGACCACCUGUGGACUCUUCUUUUCUCUUGGUCAUUCCACCAUUGUUGUCGUUUUCAUCGUUGCGAUCACUAUCUCCAGCGACGUUUACGACAAGGCUGGUGGAUUUGGAAAGGUUGGAGGGAUCGUCGGACCAGCUGUUAGUGGCUCAUUCUUAUUCGUUAUUGGCGUGGUCAAUUCGGUCAUCCUCUACCGAAUCAUUCGUGACCGCAGGCGAAUCAGAAGAGGAUUAGAACCACUCCGGAUCGGGCAUCACCAUGCGAGUAUCUUGGUGCGAAUACUUGCCCCUGUCACCAAAAUAGUUGAUCGACCAUGGAAAAUGUAUCCAGUUGGCCUUCUUUUCGGUCUGGGGUUCGAUACGGCGUCCUCGAUUGCACUCCUUGCCGUAUCAGCACUUGCGAAACAGGACAUCCACGGGAAGCAUAUCUCGUCAGCGUCUAUCAUUAUACUUCCACUGCUUUUUACAGCCGGAAUGACGAUUGUUGACUCGCUUGACUCCAUCUUGAUGCUGUACUCGUACGCGGGCUUUCCAGAAAGAGGAUGGUCUCUCAUUCAAGUCGGCGGAAAUCCAGAGAAGCGCAGAGAAGUAUCCUAUCAUUCGUCAGUGGCAUCUGAAACCAUGUCUACGCAUUCUCCCGUCAUAGAGGCGGAAGGCGGAGCGCGGAGUGAUUCGAAAUUCACGCCAACGGAGAUUUUGAUAGAUGAACAGGCCGCGGGGGAGGUUGAUAAUCCCGGCCACAACGAAAGACGGGAAGAGGAAGGAUCGAGCUAUGAGCGGCCGCAGUGGACGACAAAGGACCACUCAAUGUCAACUCUGAGCAUCCUGCUGACAGUGAUCAGCAUUCUCCUCGCAUUCACGUACGUACCUUUUUCACCUGUCCCGUUUCUACAUGGCGGAUGGCAUGUGGAUGCGGCGCCCUGUCUUGGUCCAAAUGCAUCCGUAAUCAGUCCAGGGAAGGCGUACUAA